AAGAGUGUGUGUGAGGGGAGGUGAAGGCGAGGCGGGGCCGGGUCCACCUUCCACAACACACCGCCACCAUGAAGGCCUCAGGUCUGCUAAAAGAGUACAGCGUCAUUGGACGCAAGCUGCCAUCGGAGAAUGACCCUGCUCCCCAGCUCUACAAGAUGCGCAUCUUUGCUCCAGACAGAGUAACAGCAAAGUCCAGAUUCUGGUAUUUCUUGUCUAAGCUUAAGAAGAUGAAGAAGGCAAGCGGUGAAAUCGUUUCCAUAAAUCUGGUUGUUGAACGCAAGCCUCAAGUUGUGAAAAAUAUUGGCAUCUGGCUGCGUUAUGACUCCCGCUCUGGAACUCACAACAUGUACCGUGAAUACCGUGAUUUGACAGUGUCUGGAGCAGUAACCCAGUGCUACCGAGACAUGGGUGCUCGUCAUCGUGCCCGCGCUCAUUCAAUUCAGAUCAUGCGUGUGGAGACUGUUUCUGUUGGCAAGUGCCGCCGACCACUGACAACACAGUUCCACAAUUCUAACAUCUCAUUCCCAUAUCUGUCGCAUACUAAGAAGAAGAACAUGAAGAUGGACCGCAUUACUUAUGGCAGACCAACCCCCAUGACUUUUUAAAUGAGGUCCAAAUAAAUGGUUCAUGGAAAAA